AUGACAAAUCCUGGUUCUUUCACAAUGUUACAUAAAUCAGAGGACGGGCGCUUCAUGUAUGUUUUUGUCGCACUAAAUGCAUCAAUCAUAGGAUGGAAAUACUGUUACCCUAUUGUAGUGGUUGAUGGGACAUUCCUCAAAUCAUCACACAGAGGAACAAUGUUAACAGCUAGCGCACAAGAUGCGGCAGGUAAAAUUUUUCCACUAGCAUACGCUGUUGUAGAUUCUGAAAAUGAUGCUUCCUGGGAAUGGUUUUUUGAAAUGUUUAGACAGGCUUUUGGGGAAAGGGAAAGGAUGUGCAUCGUAUCGGAUCGUCAUGCAAGCAUAUUGAGGGGUGCUUCGAUUGUGUAUCCAGAGGUAUCUCACUGUGUAUGCAUCUUUCAUCUUUGGAAUAACAUAAAGAAGCAGUUUAAGAAGAACCAUGACCGGCUGAGGGAAGUAUUUUUUGCAAUGGCCAGAGCAUACAAAAUUGAAGAUUUUAAUCGCCUCAUGCAAGAUAUGGACAGCAUUGAUAAGAGGGUAAGGGGUUACCUAUUCCAAGUUGGUUAUGAAAAGUGGUCUAUAGUGCAUUCCACUGUUAAUAGAUCCAUGGUGAUGACUUCAAAUAUUGCCGAGUCACUCAAUGCAAGGAACAGAGAGGCAAGAGAGCUACCAAUCAUGAGUUUGCUAGAUUACAUGAUGAAUUUGGUUAUGGAAUGGAAUAAUACAAAUAGAAUGACUGCAAUGAGUACAUUUAUUGGCGUAGGAAAAAAAUAUCAUGAAGUACUGAAGGAAAAUAGCUAUUUGUCACAGAAGAUGACGGUAAAUAUUCUUUUAUCAUGUCUUACUUCAUAUGCCGGAGCAACAUACUUUGACAAAAAUGCAUUAAUACUUGUCAUAUCCCUGUUUUAG